AUGUCUCCUCAUCAGCACGGCAAAGUCGGCAUCGGGGUCGUCGAGAUUGGACACAGGAUGUGGCUGCUCAUGAGGGAGGACUCGGCGCUUCUUCCUCUCCUGUUCCAAUUGCAAAAGUUCCUGAAUGGCAUCAUCGCAUUCUCUUCCCCGUUUGCUAACGCCGACGCCAGUGCCUGGGUCGGCAUGAAGACCGCGAGUUGGAUUCUCGAUUAUGCGGCGAAGACCAACUUCGCCAAGACCAUCGCGCUGUAG